ACUGCCUCACGCAUUGUGCUGUGGUUCCUUUGUGCCGAAGGAUAGCCAAAGAGUGUGUGAAUGGAUAUUUCCCGCUGCACCGAGAAAUGGGAGAGGCCACUGUCUUCCUCCAUCAUGUUGUCGAGUAAGAAAGACUCUGCCCCCUCCUCCUCCUCUUCCUCCGGCGGCAAUGGAGUUGAUCGUACACUGGACGCUGCUGCUAGCUCCGCUCCUGGCCCUGCUGGCCCCGCCCCCGGCCCUGCAGAGGUGAAGAAGAAGGAGAGGGCGUCACCAAGUGGGGAGGGGGGCGGCCCACCCCUUGCGCACCCACCUGGCCCAGGGGGUGUUGAUCAGGACACCGCCGAAGGGCGAAGGACCAGCCGCCGAAAACGAGCCAAACAGGUGGAGUACAGAGAGAUGGACGAAAGCCUGGCUAACCUGUCGGAGGACGAGUAUUACUCAGAGGAGGAGAGAAACGCUAAAGCAGAGAAAGAACGAAAGCAGGUGCUGCCCCCACCCGCUCCACCGGUGGAGGAGGAAAAUGACAGCGAACCAGAUGAACCAUCAGGUUUAGAGGGGGCAGCUUUCCAGAGCCGCCUCCCACACGACCGGAUGACAUCACAGGAAGCAGCUUGUUUUCCUGACAUCAUCAACGGGCCGCAGCAGACACAGAAGGUUUUCCUAUACAUCAGGAACCGCACGCUCCAGCUGUGGUUAGAUAACCCGAAAAUCCAACUUACCUUCGAGUCCACGGUUCAGCAGCUGGAGGCUCCGUACAACAGUGAUGCUGUCCUGGUGCACAGAAUCCACAGUUACCUGGAGAGACACGGCCUCAUCAACUUUGGCAUCUACAAACGGGUCAAACCUCUACCCAGUAAGAAGACAGGGAAGGUGAUUGUGAUUGGUGCAGGUGUGUCUGGUCUGGCAGCUGCAAGGCAACUGCAGAGUUUUGGCAUGGACGUCACUGUGCUGGAGUCCAGAGACCGUGUUGGAGGAAGAGUGGCCACCUUCCGUAAAGGGAAUUAUGUAGCAGACCUGGGGGCGAUGGUGGUGACCGGCCUGGGUGGUAACCCCAUGGCUGUUGUCAGUAAGCAGGUGAAUAUGGAGUUGGCCAAAAUCAAACAGAAGUGCCCACUUUAUGAGGCUAAUGGCCAGGCUGGAGAGCGAUGCACAAGUGUUCCGAAGGAGAAGGAUGAAAUGGUGGAGCAGGAGUUUAACAGACUGCUGGAGGCCACGUCCUACCUCAGCCACCAACUGGACUUCAACUUCCUCAAUAACAAACCUGUCUCUCUGGGUCAGGCACUGGAGGUGGUCAUACAGCUGCAGGAGAAACAUGUGAAAGAUGAACAGAUUGAACACUGGAAGAAAAUCGUAAAGACUCAAGAGGAGCUCAAAGAGCUGCUCAGCAAGAUGGUGGCCGCUAAAGAGAAAGUGAAGGAGCUCCAUCAGCAGUAUAAGGAGGCCAGUGAGGUGAAGCCUCCCAGAGACAUCACCGCAGAAUUCCUUGUCAAGAGCAAACACCGCGACCUCACUGCACUCUGCAAGGAGUAUGAUGUGCUGGCUGAGCAGCAGGCCAAACUGGAGGAGAGACUGCAGGAGCUGGAAGCAAAUCCACCCAGUGAUGUGUAUCUGUCCUCCAGAGAUAGACAGAUAUUGGACUGGCACUUCGCUAAUCUGGAGUUUGCUAACGCCACUCCUCUUUCUACUCUCUCCCUCAAACACUGGGACCAGGAUGAUGAUUUCGAGUUUACAGGAAGUCAUCUCACUGUGCGGAAUGGUUACUCCUGUGUUCCUGUGGCUCUGGCUGAAGGUUUGGACAUCAAACUCAACACAGCCGUGCGGCAGGUGCGCUACACGUCCUCAGGCUGUGAGGUGAUAGCGGUGAACACUCGCUCCACCACUCAGACGUUUAUCUACAAGUGUGAUGCGGUGUUGUGCACUCUGCCAUUGGGGGUGCUGAAGCAGCAGCCGCCCGCUGUGCAGUUCGUUCCUCCGCUGCCCGAGUGGAAAACAUCCGCCAUCCAGAGGAUGGGCUUCGGAAACCUCAACAAGGUGGUGCUGUGUUUUGACCGCGUGUUCUGGGACCCCAGUGUGAAUCUGUUUGGUCAUGUGGGGAGCACUACAGCCAGCCGCGGAGAACUGUUCCUUUUCUGGAACCUCUACAAAGCCCCCAUCCUGCUGGCCCUGAUGGCAGGAGAAGCUGCUGGCAUUAUGGAGAACAUCAGUGACGAUGUCAUUGUGGGCCGUUGCUUAGCGAUCCUGAAGGGCAUUUUUGGUAGCAGCGCAGUCCCUCAGCCAAAGGAGACGGUGGUUACGCGCUGGCGGGCUGACCCCUGGGCCCGUGGGUCAUAUUCAUACGUGGCGGCCGGCUCCUCUGGAAACGACUAUGACCUCAUGGCCCAGCCGAUCACACCUGGACCUGCUAUACCUGGAGCUUCACAGCCGGUUCCUCGUCUCUUCUUCGCCGGAGAACACACAAUCCGGAACUACCCAGCCACGGUGCACGGGGCCCUGCUGAGUGGACUGAGAGAGGCCGGCCGAAUUGCUGACCAGUUCCUGGGAGCCAUGUACACACUGCCCAGACAAAACACAAACACAGCCAACACGCAGCCAUCGCCUAGCGUUUAAACAAACCAUACAACUGCACAGAUACGUCCACUGAUCACCUCCAGAAAGCAGACUCUGUCAGCACUGAACCUGAACUACAGCUCUGACUUACUGUUCAGACUCACACACACACAGUCCUCAGCUAACAUACAAAUACAGAUACAUACACACACAGUACUAUGUAAACGUCUGAGGUGCCGGUCAGUUUCAAACAUUUAUCAGGGCAGUUAAUUUGUUUUGAAUUUCUUGUUUUCAAAAAUUAGUUUGUGAGCUGGUAAAAAAAGCAAAGUUUGAUUCCAGAUUUCUCCUGGACGCCUCCAUACAUCGCAGAGAUUUAUUAAAUUCUGUCAGCAACACAUCAAAGGUGUUGACUGGAUAAAUCAUGUAUUGGAACUACAGUUAUUUCUGAGCUUCCUCCAGAAGAGGGCAGUAAAUGGUUAAACACAUGACUUGUGGCAAAUCAACACUUGACGUCAACAGCUCACAGGUACCUAAAUCUUUUGCACUGUCCUGUGUAACGUGUUUCUGUCAUUCCCAAAACCUUACACUUUAUGUUGCGCCAUUCAUCAAGAAAUUUAUAUAUAUAUGUGCAUGUUCAGUCAUUACUGAUCUCCAAGUAGAAGCUGUCGUUUAAGGGAAGCUCCCCACUCAACUUCCUUCUGGGAAUUUCCUGGAAAACAUCCAAGAUUUUUGCAAGAAGAUUCCCAGUGACCUUUAUACAGAUUAGAGGACAUUUCUCUCCUUUUAUGGCACAGCAAGGGAAUUUCAUGAGGAACAUGCACACUACACAUUUAAACACACAGUACAGAUGUUGUUCAGUACUCGCCAUCAUGCUAAUAUUAGAAACUCUUGAGUCUGAACUGGAAAAGAAGGUUUUGUUAACUGUUGCUAUCAUGCCGUUUAGUAAACAUGUUCUAGACCUGAUACUUUUUGCCACAUGUAUCUCUCUGGACACUCUGAAUUAUGAGGUUCAUUAAGGAGCUAAAAUAUGAUCACUGCUACAUGUGACAUCAUAAGACUUAACCGAAAUGCGCCACAGGUUCUGUCAACUGUGGUAGUUUAGAGGCUUUGGCAGUGCUGGGUUGCAGUUUGAGAAGCUGGGGUUGGUAUAUAACCAUGUUGAAGUUCAGGUGAUGUCAUUUUAGAAUACACUUGGAUGCAGCAGUGUUUAUAUUUGUACAACAAAAUGUAUCAGCUGUGGAACGUCGUUUAUCGAGUGAAAGUGACGCUUUUUUCAAACAAUGUUGCCCAUAAAUAUAAACAGCUUUGCCCUAGAGCUCCUAAAGCAGGCUAGUCUUGCAGGGCUGGCUGUGAUCUCAUAGCAAGAAUACACAUCGGGGGACAGCUUGUUUAAAUUUUAGUACUGGAUUUUGCCGCUAACGAGGACACGCCCCCUCUAAACUCUGCCUAUGAAUUCCUCAAGAUCGGCUCUUUUAACAUCAAGUGUGAUCAGUAGUGAAAGCAAAACAAGCUAGCUAGCAAAAUUGUUACAGGACUGUUUUCUUAUAACAAUUUUUAAUGUGUUCUCUGCACACAUGACUGUUUAAUUGGAGUUCUGGAGGACCACGAGGUUCUAGAGUGUCCUGCUUCCAGUUGCAGGGUUUUGUUUACAGCUGUCUGACCAACACAGUGGAAAAAGACUAUUCAGACGCUCAAAUGUGAGUAAAUGUUGCUUAUAAUCUGAACCUCUGUAGAUAAACAAAUUAAAAACACCCAUAUGAUCGGCAAGUUUCUUUGGCUAUAUUUUGGGACUAGGCUAAUGCUGACAAGCUCACUGUCGCCCCCUAGAGUGAGCUCCGCCUUUAGGAGGCUUUAGAUUGGUUUUGAAAUUUCACCCUCAGUUGGUUUCCACCUUAAAUAGCACGUUUAAGCCCAAAAUUACUCGUGGUUGUCCCCAGAUGUUCUUGUUACGAGACCACGUCUGGCUCUAACUGUGGUCAAGAAUGAAUUCAGAGGUCUGUACACAUAUACAAACAAGAUUAGUGAGUAUGCACACACAGAAUAGCUACAUAUAGAACAGUAUACAGUGGUUGUGUAUGUGCAGUCUGUAUGGCCUGUUUACGCUGAGGACAGAGGGGAGCGGUCAGUUGGGUCUGUAUCCAGCAGUAAUGACCAUUAAAUCCUAUUAAAGUGCUGUGAAUGCCUGCAGACAUCCUGCUUGCUUGAAGGAGUUUUGUCUGAAACGCUAACAGAACUUCAGAGUUUCAGUCCUGAUUAAAGGGACAGUGUGAUCUCUGCUGAAUCUGCAUCGUACGAAAAAUAACGUCAACACGUUUCCCUCAGCUUAGAAAACCUGUUUACUUCAUACACACGUGUACCAGCAGUCAGUGGGUAGAUGCUGACUGAUAAAUGCUGGAGUUGUGCUUUGAGUGUAACGUAGUUUGAUGCUGAGGACAAAAAAACUACGGAAGCACGUCCUGCCACUGGAAAAAAGAAAAAGUAGUAUGUCGGAAUAAUGAGAAAAUUUCCUAUAAUUAUAACUUGGUAUCUCAUAAUUAUGAGAUUUUCUCUUGUAAUUGUCUUAGUAUCUCUUAUUUAUGACAUAAUGUCUCAUAAUAGAGAUCCUGUCUCCUAAUUUUGACUUAGUAUCUCAUAUUUAUGACUCUGUAUCUCAUGUAUGACUAAAGACCCCAUCUCUUAUGAGAAUUUAGAGAUAAGAGGGUAAUGAGAAAGUAAACUAUAAUUGUGAGAUAUUAAGCCACAGCUAUGAGAUAUGAAGUCAUAAUUAUGCAAAACAUGAGAUGCGUAAGUUUUUUUUUGUUUUGUUUUUUUGGCUUUUUUUUUUUAAGUAGUAGAAAAGGGUUUCCAUAGUAAGGCGUUUGUGUGGAAGCUGAUUUUGUCCGAGGCCUGUAGUUUUUCUUUUUGUUGCUGUUUAGAUCAGUUUAGUUGAGGAUGGAGAAACAGUGUCUUGUCAAAGCUUUUUUGUUGAAAGAUGUUUUGCUUUAAACUGAAGAUGUUUUCUUUCCUGUAUCUUUAUUUUAUGCCGUUGUCAUUACAGUCCAGUUUUUAUAUUUUGUUAGAAUUUGGUAUUAAAUGGAGAAAAUAAGCA